CUUAAAUUUUUAGGUUAGAUAUUUUUAACCGCACUUUUAGAAAUAAUAUUUGUGUGUUUUGGAAAGGAUUUUAUUUAUUAUUAGUUAUGGAACUGAGAAUUAAUUAAUAGGAAAUAUCAUGACGGCUCGGAAAUUAAUAGAAUCCCUGGAAAUUGUGUUUACCGAUGAUGACCUUCCCUAUGAAGAGGAAAUUCUGCGUAAUCCUUAUUCAGUAAAACAUUGGCUGCGCUAUAUCGACUACAAGAAGAAUGCUCCGAAACAUGGUGUUAACAUCGUAUAUGAGCGUGCGCUUAAGGAACUGCCAGGCUCGUACAAACUGUGGUAUAAUUAUCUGAAAACACGUAGACAGCAAGCAAGAGGUCGUUGUAUUAAUGAUUCCCUUUAUGAGGAGGUAAAUAACGCUUUUGAACGGUCGUUAAUUUUCAUGCACAAGAUGCCAAGAAUUUGGAUGGAUUACUGUACAUUUUUAACCAACCAAUGUAAAAUUACACGAACGAGAACUGUGUUUGAUAGAGCUUUACGUGCACUUCCCAUUACGCAACAUCACCGAAUAUGGCCGCUUUAUCUUACCUUCAUUAAAAAGCAUGACAUAUCCGAAACCGCAAUGCGAGUAUUUCGUCGGUAUUUAAAACUUUGUCCAGAGAAUGCGGAAGAAUUUGUAGAGUAUUUAAUUGAUGUGAAACGGUUAGAUGAUGCUGCGAUGGUGCUGGCGAAAAUUGUUAACGACGAAAACUUUGCCUCUUUGCAUGGGAAAUCGAAUCAUCAACUGUGGAAUGAGCUGUGCGAUCUUAUUUCAAAAAAUCCUGGUGAGGUGCAUUCCUUGAAUGUUGACGCAAUUAUUCGUGGUGGUUUACAUCGAUACACCGAUCAGUUGGGUCAUUUAUGGAAUUGUUUGGCCGAUUAUUAUGUACGCAGUGGCUUGUUUGAUCGAGCUAGAGAUAUUUAUGAGGAAGCAAUUCAGACUGUGACCACAGUUCGGGAUUUUACCCAAGUUUUUGAUUCCUACGCCCAGUUCGAGGAACUUAGUCUAAGUAAGCGCAUGGAAGAGGUGUCUAAAUUAGCAAAUCCGUCUGAGGAUGACGAUAUUGAUUUAGAAUUGCGUUUGGCUCGAUUCGAAAAUUUAAUGGAGAGAAGGCUGUUGCUGUUGAAUUCUGUUUUGCUGCGACAGAACCCUCACAAUGUGAAAGAAUGGCACAAGAGAGUCAUGUUGUAUGAGGGGAAACCGCAUGAAAUUAUCAAUACUUAUACCGAAGCAGUUCAGACAGUUGACCCAAAGCUGGCGGUUGGCAAAUUGAAUACGUUAUGGGUCGAAUUUGCGAAGUUUUAUGAGUCCAAUGGUCAAGUGGAAGAUGGAAGAUUAAUUUUUAAGAAAGCCACCGAAGUUCCCUAUGUUAGAGUAGAUGAUUUGGCAACGGUCUGGUGUAAUUGGGCCGAAAUGGAGCUGCGCAAUGAAAAUUAUGAAGCAGCCCUAAAGUUGAUGCAUACGGCUACUGUGUUGCCAUCUAGAAAAGUUUCGUAUCACGAUGAUAAUGAGACUGUUCAAGCACGACUGUACAAGUCCCUAAAGCUGUGGUCGAUGUAUGCCGACCUGGAGGAGAGUUUUGGCACAUUCAAAUCGUGUAAAGCAGUCUAUGAUCGGAUUAUUGAUUUAAAAAUCGCCACACCACAAAUUAUAAUUAAUUACGGUCUAUUCUUAGAAGAACACAAUUACUAUGAGGAAGCCUUUCGGGCGUACGAGAAAGGAAUUUCACUUUUUAAAUGGCCGAAUGUCUACGAUAUUUGGAACACCUACUUAACUAAAUUCUUGAACCGUUAUGGCGGUACAAAGCUGGAACGAGCGCGAGAUUUAUUUGAGCAGUGUUUGGAAAACUGCCCGGCGAAGUAUGCGAAACCCCUAUAUUUGUUAUAUUCGAAACUUGAAGAAGAGCACGGAAUGGCACGGCACGCAAUGGCCGUGUACGAGAGAGCAACCACUGCUGUACCACCUGAAGAGAUGUUCGACAUAUUCAACAUUUACAUAAAGAAAGCUGCGGAGAUUUACGGUAUUCCGAAAACACGACAAAUUUAUGAAAAUGCCAUAGAAGUACUGCCAGAAGAUCGCACUCGUGAGAUGUGUCUGAGGUUUGCCGAAAUGGAAACGAAGCUUGGGGAAAUUGAUCGCGCCAGAGCUAUAUACGCCCAUUGCAGUCAAAUUUGCGAUCCGCGGGUGACGGUAGAAUUUUGGCAGACUUGGAAAGAGUUCGAGGUUAGACAUGGCAAUGAAGAUACGAUGAGGGAAAUGUUGCGAAUUAAACGUAGCGUGCAAGCUAUGUAUAAUACGCAGGUUAACAUGAUGUCGGCACAAAUGUUGAGCUCGGCAGGCUCAAUGUCGGGAACGAUAGCGGAUUUGGCACCUGGUGCUAAAGACGAUAUGAGAAUGCUGGAGGCCAAAGCUGCAGAAAUGGUGGGAACGUCAGGCUCUAAAGGAGGCAAUAUUAUGUUCGUUCGUGGAGAGACACAGGGAGAUAAGCAAACUGGCGAUAAAGUGGUCAAUCCUGAUGAGAUUAAUAUUGACGAAGAUGAGGAGGAAGGUGAAGAGGUGGAAAUGGAGAUCCCCAUUGAGAAACAGAAUAUACCGUCUGAAAUCUUCGGAAGUCUGAAAAGAAAAGUAGGGGAUGAUGAUGAUUAAUUGUAUAGUUGAUAGAAAUAAAGUAUUUUAACAAUA